CUUUCUUUCUGGUCGAUCCAUCGUGUUUUUACUUCAUUUGGCCACAAAUUUACUUCUUUUUCUACGCGUUUCCAUGAAUUUCUAGGAUUAAAGUUCGCGUUUUUGUACUCAAUGGUUUGAGGAUGUCUUCAACGUGUCCGUAUAUGCUUGCAAAGACCUCGCAGCUCGUGACUGCAGCGCGAAUUACAAGUCAAAAUGAGCACUUUAAAGAGGGGCUGACAUCGAACAUGAUCGUUCAAAAACUUUCCAAAAUUAGCACGAACCUAAAGACAUUGAAAAUCGAAAGCAGUGGAUAUUUUAGACCGCCGAGGUUGUCUUUGAAGGAUGUCUGCGGCGUCGCGAGCAAUAUUUGCCAUCAGAUCAAAGAGCAGAAACUAUUGGAUUUGUUUCCAGAAGGAAGUGUACACGAAACUUAUUAUAAUAUUGACUUUGAAGAAAAGGGUUCUUUAAACGAAGACACAUCGGGUUGCAACGAUUCCUUAAGCGUGCAAAAUAAGAACAUAUUGUGCGAGAAAACGGAAAAAUAUUUUGCGCAAUACGGCAUUUCAGAAGAUGAACUGCAUAGCUGUGCAAAGGAAAUUAAGAAUAUGAAAACGAAUCGAUGGUUGCUGGAACAAAACGAACACAAAACAGAGGAAGGUUGGGUGAAGUUUCUACAACAGAAAGAUUUGUUGGUUUGGAGAAGACCUUUGAAUAAAGAUGGUUUAUAUCAGUACAAAGUUUUUGGCACAUUUUUUGAUAUUUCAUCUGAGGCAUUCUUCAAGUCUCAAAUUGACCUUCAGUACAGGAAGUCCUGGGAUAAAUAUGCAAUCUCUCUGGAUAUCAUUGACAAGUCGUCAGAAUGUGGCAGCGAAGUCGUUCACUGGGUCACAAAAUUUCCAUAUCCUUUGAAAAGUCGAGAUUACGUUUUCGUUCGAAGAGCUCAGAUUGACGAUUUAUCGAACACGAUGGUUCUUGUUUCCAGAGCUUCGAGCCACGAAGAAUGCCCUGAAAGUGAAGAAUAUAUUCGCGUUAAAGAUUACGCUUCGCAAAUGGUGGUCAGACCUCACGGAGCUUUUCACCAGCCUGGAUUUGAUUACGUUCUCAUUUAUCACGAUGACUCUCGGGUGAAUGUUCCAAAGUUCUGUGUCAAUAUGAUUACUGGAUCAGCUGUUCCAGACUUUGUGAAGACGUUGCACGAUGCUGCAGCCAAUAUGAAGACGUUAUGAUCAAGUUUUUACAAGCAGAAAACUACAGCUCAAAAUUACUGUAGAUUAUUGUUUUGAGACAAUUUGUGAACAAUAAAAAGCGUAGUGAUAGAAAA